AUGGAAAAUACAGCAAAAGUAAAUAUAAAGGAUAUGCAAGAUGGGCCACCAAAAGAAGCCAAACUGCCUGCCAGUGAAGCACUUCUAGAUUAUCACUGUCAAAUAAAGGAAAGUGCAGUAGAACGACUCAUGAUUCAAUUAAAAAAACUUAGGGAAAAGAACCAAAAGUAUCAUGAAAGAAAUAAACGCUUAAAGGAUGAACAGAUUUGGCACAUACAGAACCUACUAAAGGAACUGAGUGAAGACAAGACAAAGGGAGCACAAGUUGUAACAAGAGAAAAUGUUGAAGCAGCAAUGAAAGAAAAAUGGAAGUUUGAAAGAGACCAGGAACAAAAUUUGAAAGAUAUGCGCACACAAAUAAGUAAUGCUGAGAAACUAUUUCUUGAGAAACUCAGUGAGAAGGAAUAUUGGGAACAGUACAAGAAUGUAGGGAGUGAACAACAUGCUAAACUCAUUACGUCCUUAGAAAAUGACAUCAAUACAGUUAAAGAGAAUGCAAGGAAAAUGUCAGACCAGUAUAAAAUCACUCUGGAAGAUGCUAGAAAGAGAAUAAUCAGAGAAACUUUGUUGCAACUGGACCAAAAGAAGGAAUGGGCCACACAGAAUGCUGUAAAGUUCAUUGACAAGGGCAGCUAUCGAGAGAUCUGGGAGAAUGACUGGCUAAAAAAAGAAAUUGCAGUGCACAAGAAGGAAGUUGAAAAAUUGGAAAAUGCUAUUCACAAGCUGGAAGAAGAAAAUUUGGUGCUUAUUAAUCAACUAUUCAGCUGUAGACUUGUGGAUCUCAACAUAUCCAGACGGCUAUUUCUUACCCAAGCAGCUGGACAGCAAGUGCCACCUGAAGAAACUGCUUUGGAGUUUCCAGAAAUACCUAAUGAAGCAAAGUCAAAAUUACAACAUGAACAAUUAAAACAUAAAGACUUGAUGAGUCCAGCCCUUGAGAGCAGUGCCUCACAUAUUAGCUUUGAGGAUAGCAUCAGAGCGGUCCAUCUGAAGACAGAUGAAGAGGAGAGUUCAUGCAUAGAAUUUGGAGCCUCUGAAAUGAAAUACUUAUUAUAUGAAGAUGAGCAGGAUUUCAAGGAUUAUGUAAACUUGGGCCCCCUGGAAGUGAAGCUCAUGACUGUGGAGAGCCAGAAAAUGCCUAUUCAUUUUGAAGAGAAGGAAAUUCCAGUCAAAUUCUAUGAAGAUAUCAGCAAUCCACAAAGACACAUCACAUACAAGAUGGUGAAGUCUUUUCUCUAA